GAUUGUAUUGGUGAUUGUGAGUUCUGAGACGGUGGUUGAUAAACCGCUGAAGUAGAAAAUUACACUAAUUUAGUUAUUUAAUUAAUUGUUGUUAAAAUAAAUACGUUCUUUAAGUGGGCUAUGUAGCGCUUGUUGUGAAAAUUAAAUUAUGGAGGUUUCAGGUUCGGGGAAAUCCCCGAAUUCUGGCAUGUCAUUUAGAUAUAAUGCAAAUAACGAAGCAUUAGAAGAAUUGUUUCAAUCUUGUGAUGAUGACCCUGCUGUGCCACCAAGUGAGCCAGCAGUCAAGAGUGAGACUGCUAGCCCAAAGAAAACAGAAAAAACAUCAUCUAUUAUAGACAAAUAUUUCAAAUCUAUGAGAUCUGAAAAAUCUUCUGAGAAAGUAGAAGAUGUAAAAGCAGACGUUAAACCGACUGAAGAGAAUAAGAGUCCCACACCAAAAGAAAUAUCAUCCUCUCCAAUGAAAGAGUAUUUAAACCGACUUGGCAAAAGAAGUACAUCAGAAAGUUCCGACAUCAAGGAGCCAAAUGAGACUUGGAAAAUAUUUCAUGAUUUUAAAUUUAAAAUUGCCCAAGCUGUUGAGGAUAUGAAGACUCGUUCUGUCGAAGAAACUAAGGAAAAAACGCUUCCUAGAGAAAACUCAACCUCUGAUUCGGAGGAAAAUUCUGCAAUAAAAGAUUCAGACCAGCAGAGCGUGGGCGAUACUGAUAAUCAGGUAUCAUCACUAGAUAGUAGUAUACAAAAUUUGUCUGAAAUGACUCAACCAAUAACAGCCAAGGUUAUUGAGAAAGAAAUGAACACAAAAAACCAUUCAGAUUCCAGUGACGACACACAAAAAAACUUAAGGCUAAGCGAGACAGACAUAUCGAAAGACAUUCUAAACGACAGUAGUCUAGAAGUAGAAUCUGGUAUAGAAGCUCUAGAAGACACGAUAGAUGCGUUUGGGGACGUUAACCCGAUGGACAAUAUAUACCAGAACAAUACCACCGAAAUACGAGCCAACCCUCCAACACCUGUUACGACACCAGCCAAUUUUGGCCUCCCGCCAAGCAAAAGCAACUUAAUAAAGAAUGAAUCGCAGAAAAAAACGAAGGGCAGUUUCUUCAGUUAUACAAUGUAUUUCCUAACAAUAUUCCUGGUGUUGAACUACGUUUUGUUCCCGAACGCGAAUAUUUGGAAUGGCUUCUUGCUGGGCAUAUGGUUCUUCUAUUUCGUGAGCAAUGUGAAACAGUGGUUCCUCGAUAAUUACUUUAGCGAGUGGGAGCCAAGCGCGAGUAGCUUUUUCCAAUUGAAACGUACGAGUGUUCAGCCGCUGGCGUAUACCAUACCAUCGAUCAAAGAACACACCCCGUUGAAGAAAUAUGAGGGUUGGAUAAAUCAUUAUAGAUUUCCAGAUUACGACCCUUACACAUACCACAUAAAUAAAACAACAACUGCCUUUAUGAAACUAGAGGGUUGUAAUUUAAGGAUAUCAUACACACGAACGAAAAUAGCAAAAAGAGCGCUGUGGGACGAAAAAAUCGACAAAGUUAAUUUCUAUCAGCACAGAUUAUAUAAUCUGACCGGAUCAAGGAUCAUUCUAUUGCCAAAAGGACUCGUGAAACGGCGACAAUGGAGCAAAAAGUACCCAAUUUGCAUAAUACUAAACGAAAAGGAAAAGAUACAGGUAUUGGAAAAGGAGAAUUCGACGGAGAAAAAGAUUGCGGAAUCCUUGGAGAAGAAAAGUAAGGAGUCUCCGUUAGAAGUGGAGAGUACAGAGACUAAUACUAGCCCAGAGAGGAAAAAGAAAUUUAUAUGGAGGAGACGGGAAAAGAGCAUUUCACACGAGCCUGAACCAGGCAAAGAGGGUCUCAGACAUAGAUUAGUUAGAAAAAUGCAUAGAGAUAAGAAGACUGACAGCGUGUCCACAUUCACGGAGCCCGAAGGUCAGUCGCAGCCCCAGAGCGACAAGAACACGCAGCUGGAGGACAUCAGCAACGAGGACCUCGCCACCAGGUCCGUCACCAGCACCAAGGAUGAUGACGAUGAGAUCGAUGAGACCGAACUGAAUAAGAUUAAGGAGUUUUUGGAGGAGACGGAAAUGGACCCAGUAGCUGAAGGUACGACAGAAGGGGAAUGGAGCGUGCACGUGAAACAGUCAAAAGACAAGCAUUCGCACCUGUAUCUCUUCGCUAGAACGGGCAGGGAUAAACACGAGUGGUACCGACGUCUAAUGACAGCGAUAAGCGAAGCGAACGCGUCCGCGGACUCGUCGACGAACGAGGACAAGUCCGCGAGCGACGCCGCGCAGGAGACGAAGGACGGCAUUGAGCUGGCGGUCUACAAGCUCACUGAAAAGGAGACGGUGGCGUUUGGAAAGACGAAACCGAAUGAAUCCACAUCGGAAGGAAUAAACAUCGCGACGGCGCACCCGUUGCCGCCUUCCUUGGACUCAUAUGAGAAGACUUUCUGGCCGUACAUAGUGAAGAUCAUGCAGACGCACGAAGUUAGCACCAAACAGACGUCGGAUGUCGGCGUUAUGUGCCAAAUAGAGCCGUCGCCGCACGAACGAACCAAAAGCAAAAAGAAGAAGAAAGACUCCCAGCAAGUGUCCCCCGAGUGCGAGUGCCGCACGCUGCCCGCGGAGGUGACGUGGGUGAACAUAAUGCUGGCGCGCAUCAUGUACGACAUGAUGCGGGACCCCGUGCUCAUCGCGCGUCUGCAGAACAAGAUACAGAGGAAGCUCAAUACGCUGAAGCUGCCGUCGUUCAUGAGCCCGCUGGUGGUGACGGAGCUGUCGCUGGCGGGCGAGUGCCCGCUGGUGUGCGGCGUGGCGGCGCCCGCGGCCGACGCGCGCGGCCUGUGGCUGGACGCCGCGCUGCGGUACGACGGCGGCGCGCACAUCGCCAUCCUCACGCAGAUCAACCUCAUGAAGCUGAAAGAGAAGAAUAUAACACUGGAAGACCACUUAUUAGGUGCACAAGAGAAUAUCAUAGAAAGUACCAUUGAGGUGCCGCUCCCUGGGUCCGCCACUUCCGAAAAACAACUAAGGAAAAGGAAGCCAGCGAUCUACGACUCGGAAAUAGAAGACUCGGCGGAAUCGUCGAGCGACGACGAGACGCCGCCCGUGCAGCCCGUCGACAGCGCGGACAACUUGCAGCCCAGCGAGACGCCGUCUGCGAACCCCAGUGAAGGUGGAUCAUCAAAGAAGAAGUUCCUCCGUAUCGUCGAUAGAAUAGCGACUAGCAAAUAUUUCCAACAAGUGACAGACUACAAAUACGUGAAGCGCGCCAUGGAAGGGCUCUCGAACACGGAUAUAAAGCUUCAACUGGAAGUGCACGGGCUAGAGGGCCGGCUCGCUAUAAACCUGCCGCCGCCGCCGCACGACCGCAUCUGGAUUGGGUUCCGAACAAAUCCCCAGCUAGUUCUAAAAGCUCGUCCCGCGUUCGGCGCGCGCACGCUUCGCUUCGCUCACAUCUCCAAUUGGAUUGAGCAGAAACUUCUCAAGGAAUUCGAGAAGGUUCUAGUGCUGCCCAACAUGGAAGACUUUAUUAUUGACGUCAUGACACCUACGCCUGUGGAAUUUGAGUAGAGAAAAUGUAUGCAGAAUAAAGAAAAAUUUUAUGAAGAUUUUCACAUGAAUAACGUAAAGAUAAUACUAGAAAGUAUUGGUUAAAAGUAAGAAAGUCGAAGUAAUAUGGUUUAUAACCAUUUAACUCCGACUAUAAUCGUUUGUUUUUUAAAUGGCUUCAAACAAGGACACAGCGGAAGUUCGAAAAUAUACUUUGAAAUUUUACCCGCUAUUAAAUGGUUAGUUUCCUACUCCGCUUUUACGCAAACAAAGGGUAGUGUUGCUAGUAUACGAACCGGGUAAAAACAAUGUUUUAUACGUGACUCUUGUCAUGAUUAUUGUAAUUAAAGAAGUUUGCAGCCCAGUUGUUUGUUCAUGUUGAGUCGAGGACAAAGUCUGCAUUAUAAAGCAUCAAUUAAUCGUGAGAUUUUUAAACCUCAUUAUAAAGUCUUUAAAAAAUUAUAUAUUUUACUAAUAACAAUGUCAACAUUUUAAAAGCACCUUAUUUAAAUAAGUAUUUGUUGACAUAUGUUUGUGCCGUUUAAUCAAAAACAUUUUUAAAACUCUACUACCAUUUUUGACUAAUUUAAAUGUUAAAUUCUCUAGCUACGUAUAAGAGAGGUGCUAUUAUUUGCAGUGCUGUUGAAUCUAAAGCAAUUUAAAGAAUCCUCUAAUUACUUUAAAAACAUUGUACGUAUAUUACGUGGCGUUACAAACCUUAACAUAGUCUUUUAAAUUUGUGCAAAUAUUUGUAAAAAACUGUUUUUCUUGCUAAUUUUAAAAGUACGAAUAAGUACAAAAUAUACGAAGACAAAUUGUAUAAUCUGUUAGAUUGCCCCUUGCCAAGUUUGAGAAUAUAUUAAGAUAUAUUAUACAGUAUUUCUUAUUCUUCAAAAGAAUAUAAAAAUAUUUAUGAUUCUUAUUAAUCUGUAUAUAUAGAUGUAGAAAUACAAUUUU